GUUAAAGCUUAUUCCCCUUUAAAUACGUUGUUGCCCAUCUUAACAUUGAAAAGAUGAUAUGGGCUUUGAUCUCAGAAUUUAUAUUCAGGUAUUGGAUAUAAGAUCUGGAUAUAAGAAUAAUGCAUUUCUUGGUGAAAUGACAGCUUGGUGCUUUUUGCUCUGAAACCCACAGAACAGGCAGACAGUGAGUUGAGGUGAGAUAGCAGUGUUUCUUAGUGAUUAGUAAAUGAACAAUCUUAAGAGAUUCUAAAAAGGGGGCUAGCUUAUGCUCCACCUCCUAACGGUCAAAACCUACACGAAAAAGAGAGAUUUGAAGUCAGACUUGCAGCUGACAGAGAUAGCCAAGAGAGAGGAGGGAGAGAACAGCAGACAGCUUUAAGAACCUGUUUCUGCGGCCUUUUAGCACUGAGCGGACUGUAACUGGGAUGAGUGGCCCUGUAAGCGGCGGUUUGACUUUCUGUUAGCUGGUCAUGUAAAGAAUAAAAAGCAAAAAAACGAAAUAAAAGAGAAACUUCACUUUUGUUGCUACCACUGACAAUUGGCGUCGUAUCAAAGUGCUUGAUGGCUGUUAAACAGGCUGCGCUCCCUUCCUUCAGCUCCUUCUCCAACCUCGCACAAUCCAGUGACAAUAUGAAGGUGUGGAAGUCUGAGGGUGACUCUCUCCCUUUGGACUCUUUCAGCAACAAACUGUCACCAAGCAGCUCUGAGCAGCUGCAGGUCUCUAAAAACAUAUCAGAGGAGCUCCUGGAUGACGACAGCCAAGCAUCCUGGGACACUGAGUUCCUACUGGCUGAUUGGAGCACCCCAUCGCCUGACCUAAACCCCUCUCAGGACAACAAUGAUCAUCAGCUGCCACAGUUGGACCCAAACACAGCGUACCAAGAGGUGGCCCUGUUUAAGGACCAACCAGAGAAGGAGCAUCUGCAGAUAAACACUGGCUGCCUCAUGACAGAGCUCCUGUCCCCUGCUGAAACCACAUCGUUGGUCCAGCCGGAGAUGUACCACCAUGGUUAUAUUGACGACCAAACAGGUCAGAUUUCACUCCCCAGUCUACCUAACGUAGAUCACUUUGGGUUCACUCAGGGAGGCAGUGUGGAGAGGCACAGCAGAGGAAACCUCACUAAAGUUACAUCAUGGGACUUUAAUUCUUACUACUCCGAGCAACACCCCUCCAUGGUGACCUACCCCAACAGCAGGUUCAUACCACCUCAAGCUGUGACCCCUGACGCUCGACACUACAGCUACAUGCCACACUUUCAGCACAACACCACCCUUUUCUGUGACUACACUCACAGCCAGGCAACCAGUCAUCUGCCCCUUCACCAGCAGCCCCUGCUGGUUGGACCACAGCUGCCCCCUGGUGGGGUGGAGGGGAAGCGUAGUCGAAAGGCUCCAGGGAAGAAGAGGCCUGCCAUCCACAGCUGUGAAUACCCUGGCUGCAGCAAGACCUACACCAAGAGCUCCCACCUCAAGGCUCACCUCCGCACCCACACAGGGGAAAAGCCUUACCAGUGCUCAUGGGAGGGCUGCAGCUGGAAAUUUGCCCGCUCAGAUGAGCUGACGCGUCACUACCGCAAGCACACAGGCCAAAAACCCUACGAGUGUCUGCUGUGUCAGAGGGCCUUCUCCCGCUCCGACCACCUGGCUCUGCACAUGAAGAGACACACCUGACCUGAUACAUAAAAACACACACACACACAAAUCACCAUUUAAAUUAAGAUAAAGGUGGAAGAUUUGAAUAUUCUUUAUAGUUUGAAUUUAUGACCAAACCAGUACACUGAACAGGUACAUUUGGGACUCAUAUUAGGGACCUCAGAUAUUAACUGAACAUCUUCCCACAAUUACCUUGAAAUCUGCACUUGGAUGUCUGACUGGUUGAGAAUACAAGCCCACAUGUAGACUAGGCAUGAGAACACAACCAGUGGUAGGAUGACGUCAAAAAAACAUUUUGAGGGGAGUUGUCCAUUUUUGGUUUACUUCAGAAGACAAAUGAGACAAAUAGAAAUCAGAAGCCUUAGAUAUGUAUAUUAAUUUUUUUUAUAAAUGAUUUAUAUGCACGGCCUAAAGAGUCACCAAAAGGUAAUGACUGCUUAACCAAUAACUUUUAAGAGUAUCCCACUGAUAUAGCAAUGCACUCCUAUAAUAACUUUGUUGAACUAAAAAAACAAAAACAAUAU